AAUGCGGAAGUGUCGCUGCAGAGACAGGGCGCGUGCGGUGGUUAGCUCCGAGCUAAAGCUACAACCGCAUUAAACCAGUUUACAGAAUGUUUAAAAGACAAACGCUGAGCGUUUCUGUGAAAGAAGAAGAAGAAGAGGAAGAAGAAGAGGAGGACCAGGACCAGCGGCUCCAGCGCCUCCUCGACCCGCCUCUGAGCGCACAGGCCCGGCUCCACGGGACACAAGGUGUUCAGAUGGACCAGUCCAGAUCUGAGCCCAGGGUGAAGGAGGAAACCCCAGAGACUCCACAGAUUAAAGAGGAACCAGAGGAACAAGAGGCGCUCCCAGAGUUCACUGCUGUGUGUGUGAAGAGUGAAGAACAGUCCUCACUGCUUCAACAAGGACAAACUGAGCCCAGAGAGGAAGCACAGGGAGAGCUCUGUGGAGGAGCACGAGCACACAUCAGCACAGCACACACACAUGGACAGGUCCACUCACACACUCACCUACAAACUCACAACUCUUCAGACACUGACUGUGAUGAAGAGCCUCCAGCCAGCACUUCAACUGCACACAUGGAGACAGAGGCUGACCACAGAGAACACUACGACCAAGGACAGAGACGAGACACAAGUCCAACUGCUCACAACUCUAGGGAGAGGAAACACGAGUGCUCUAUUUGCAAGAAAGCAUUUACGACUAGACUUAACCUAGAAGUACACAUCAGAACUCACACAGGAGAGAAACCUUACAGCUGUUCUUAUUGUGACAAAACAUUUGCCCAAAAGGGGAAUCUCAAUAAACACAUCAGAACCCACACAGGAGAAAAACCUUACAGUUGUCCCUACUGUGACAAAGUAUUUUCUCGAAACUCGUGUCUGAAUGAGCACAUUAACACUCACACAGGGGAGAGACCUUACAGCUGUUCGUACUGUGAGAAGAUGUUUACAGAGAGCUCAACCCUCAGGAGACACAUGAGGACCCACACAGGAGAGAAACCUUACAGCUGUUCAGUUUGUAAGAGAACAUUUGCUCAACAAGCGACUUUAGAUAAACAUGUGAUAAUACACUCGGGAGAGAGACCUUUCGGCUGUCCGUUCUGCCAGAAGUCAUUCACCUAUAAGUCUGCUCUUGGUGUGCACAUUAGAAUUCACACAGGGGACAAACCUUACAGCUGUUCAAACUGCGAGAAAAUGUUUAGAAGUAAAUGUACCCUGGACAAACAUAUGAUGAUUCACACAGGGGAGAAACCUUACAGCUGUUUGAUUUGUAACAAAACCUUUGCCUAUAAGUUAAGUCUCGAAGUGCACACUCGAGUUCACACUGGCGAGAGACCUUUCAGCUGUUCAGUCUGUGAGAAAGCGUUUCUAGAUGGAUCUGCCCUGAAGAAACACGAGAGAAUUCAUUCCAGAGAAAAACCUUUCGGCAGUUCAGACAAAAACUGAUUCUUGUAGUUUUAAUCUAUGUACUAAUGCUGUUUCCUCCUCAAAAACAGACCUGGAGUUGUGUUUUGUUUCAUUCACACAUGUUUGAGUCACACUUUAUUAUUAGUCUGUAACAUCUCCAAAGCUCAAAAUGCUCUGUUCCACCUUGUGAUGUCAUCAAGUGGUAGUUUUCAAGUUAAGAGCUCCUUUUACCUUUAGUUCAGUGGAGAUUGGCAGUUCCAGGACUGAAAUGAUUCUAUAAAUGAAGGUGUGUGGAGUUUAAAAACACAGUGGAGCACUUCCUGUAUCACCACAUGAUGACAUCACAAGGUGGAACAGAGUGUUUUCAGUUUGAGAGAAGAACUAAAUAUGCCAUAUUUGUGUUUUAGCCCUAUAGCGUUGGAUGCUAUCGCCACAAAUAGACUCGCGGUUGCGGCCUUUCCAUUACCGUAAACUCCACAACCAAUUGUGCUUCAUGUAAAUUCUCACGUCGCCCUCGAAGACGACCAAUCAGAGCACAGGAGCCGCCAAGAUUCUUCCAGUCAGUUAUUUGAUGCAUCUAAGAAAAAAUAAGAAUGGAUAUGUAAAAUAGAGGUAGUUGUGCGAAAUAAAGGCAAAAGUACAGGCUGAUACUUCCUUUAACAUGAUUUUUAUGGUUAAAAAAAGAAAAAAUGUCAAGGCGAGAUAUAAUGGUCCAUAAUGUGCUCAGUCCUUAAAGGGUUAAACUUGUGUGAAUGAAACAAAACACAUCUCCAGGUCUGUUUGUGUGGGUUUGUGUGGGCUCAGAGUUCAUGUGCUCGGGUUAAAAGUUCUCAUUAUAUUCACACUUUCACCUUUGCGGAGUUUCAUACAGAACUUUUUACUGUAAAUCCAAGACUCUUUACAGUGGCACCAUGCAGCUGUUCCCUCACGACACAGAUCUCAGGGUCAGUAGGUCGUCUCAUAUCAGAAGAGUUUCAGUGUCAAAACGUGUGAACAUUUCGUCUUUGGUUAAAGUGGAACUAAUUUCGCCGUUAUUUUGAGUAAACGGCGCCACCCACUGUCCGACUCGUGACGACAGACUCGCACAUUCAGACCUAAACAUUUAAUCUCACACUGGGUUUUGAUUGGGCGCAGGUUUGGAGCACAGGGGGUUUUUCACUUCGCAGCUGACGUCAUCAACAUUGUCUGGAGGUGUGAUGCUAACUGUAGGCACUGCUCUGUCUGAAGUUCCAUUUUAUUUGUCUCAGUGGAGAUCAGAAAUAUGACAGAAAUACUUUUUUUUUUUAAUCAGCAUUUGGAUCUAAAAUGUGUUUUUUUAGAUUGUUGUCAUGGUAACACAUUCUGAAGUGUAACGUUUUUAAGGCUGAGCAACGAAUCGAAUUUGAAUCCACAUCAAGAGUCUGUGAUUUCUAUUGUGAUCAGUUUGGAUGUUUUUAAUCCAGACGUCAACAGCCAGGAGGUUUGGAGCAGACGGCGACGCUGGAGGAACAAAUGUCACUGUGUUUGUAACAUAAACUCUGAUUAAAAGUGUCAUUUAUAUUUACAAAAUGAAAACUGAAGCUGUUUUUGAACAGACUUGAAUCAAAUAAAGUGAUUAAUCAAUAGG